AAUCAAAUUUUCAAGGGUUUCCAGUGGUACAAAAUAAAAGAAGUAUGCAACUUUUAGGACAUAUAGGACGUCCUGAACUGAAAUACGCAAUUGAUAAAGCAAAAAGAAUAAAAGGAACAUCAAUUGGAACUGCGCAUUGUUUUUUUAGUAGUUUUGAUGAUUUUAAUAAUAAUAGCAUUUAUGUUACUACUAAUAAUGAUCCUGAUGUUGGUGGUGGUGAUGGAGAAAGUAGUAAUAGCAGUUCAUCUAAUUUUAUAGAUUUUGGUCCUUUUGUUGAUCAGACGCCUAUAACGGUGAAUCCUCGUUUGCCAUUAGAAACUGUCAUGGAUUUAUUUAAGAAAAUGGGGUGGGCCAAGAGUAAUAUUAAUUGA